AUGUUGCAAGUUACCAUGGACUUUUUCAAGUUACCUUUGGUGUCGCGAGGGUUGCAUUUGGUAAAGAGUAUGGCUUGUAUUCUGCGUUCAUCAAAAUAUGUCCGUAAUUUCGGUAGCCUAGCACGAAGUAUAGUUUUUAAUUCAAGUAGAAGAGAUGUCGAUGGAGCAAUUAUACAAAACAGUCAGUGUUUAAGUACUGGUCUUACGAAGUCUCUGGCAACGCAAGCUGUUCCAUCGCAUAGCCAUAAUGAUUCAAAUCUUGACAAAAGCCUUAAGCGUCUUGAUCAUGAUGUACGUCGCACAGGAAGAAUAACAAGAAGAGAACUGGAAAUUGUGUUGGAGGAAUUACGUCACACAAGAUCUGCUACAAGUACACAGUCUCUUCUCAUUAUUCGAUGCUGCGGCAAUUUGGUGCCGGAGGCUUCUCCGGAAGUCCGUACUCAGUUGGUUGAAGAAAUCUGGAAGACUCUGGAGAAUAUCGGAGUUCCAAUGGAUGUUAGUCAUUACAACGCAUUGCUUCGAGUGUACUUGGAAAAUGAACAUCUGUUUUCUCCUACUGAUUUUCUGGCAAAUAUGGAACAUAAAGGUGUUGAACCAAACAGAGUGACGUAUCAGCGUCUGAUUUCACGUUACUGCCAGCAUGGUGACAUUGAGGGAGCCACCCGCAUCCUCGAAUUUAUGCGAGAAAAGCAGCUGCCCGUGAAUGAAAAUGUGUUCAACGCCCUCAUUAUGGGGCAUUCGCAGGCUGAUGAUAUGGAAAGCGCAUCUGGUAUCCUUGGAGUUAUGCAGCAGGCAGGACUUGAGCCUAGUGCUGACACCUACACCACUCUGCUCUGUGGCUAUGCUAAGAAAGGUGAUAUUGAUGCAAUCGCCAAGACAUUAGAGCAGUGCGAUGCUAAGGAUAUACAGCUCUUAGACAGAGAUUAUAUGGAGGUUAUAUACUCUCUUGCUAUCAAUAACCAUCUGGAACAUGUCGAUAAAUUGAUAGACCGAAUGAGACAGACAGCGGGAUAUAAUCAGGAUGCUGUGAAUCUAAUCUUACGCCUUGUGAAUUGCGGACAUGAGGAUCUUGGGUAUAAGAUUCUUCUUACAAUGCCACGGCCAUCUCGAUCCGAUGGAGAACAAGGGUUUGUAGGCUCCUUCUUUAUCCGCCAGCUUGUGAAGGCGAAUAGGCCAGUAGAGAAAAUUAUAUCCAUAUGUGAUAAAUUGGAGAAAGAAGAUUUAAACCCACGGGCACUAUUGGUGGCUGUGGAAUGCAGCAUCCAGUCACGGAAUAUUGAUCAGGCCUGUGCCCUUAUGCACACAAUGAAAGAAAACAAUAUACCCAUCAGACAGCAUUAUUUCUGGCCUCUCCUCGCCAGCCAUCGUGACAAUGUCAAUGAUGUGUUAGAUAUACUGUCACGCAUGUGUACUGAGUUUGGGUUAACGGCUGGAGGGGAAACGCUGAAGGACUAUGUUAUUCCUAGCUUGGAAAAGCAAUCGUCUGAUCAAAUAAUAUCGCGUCUCAGAAGCUGUGGAAUUACCACAGCAACUGCCGCAAGCGCUCUCGUAAAUUAUCGCCUGAACAUGAACAUGAUAGCAGAAGCAGCACAAACUGCAAUGCGGUAUCGUGCCUUCUACUCAGCUUCAUCGCUAAGAAGACCUUUAGUGCAGGCAUACCUUCAUACUGAAGACAGAGAUUCAUUUAUUUCCAUUUUACGGCAAAUCCACGACAGCGUUGACAGAGCGGUGCUUGCAGACGACGACUCGGCUUCAGUGGUGCCAGACCGUACAGAGCUUGUUGGAAAUUUUAUACUAGAUAUUGCAUCUGUCAGCCAUAAUAGAGUGCGAAGGAUUGAAGUAAUAUUGCAGGGACUGGUAGAACAGGGACUUGGUUUGAGCAAUAGUUCUGCAGAACGUCUGCAGGAAAAACUCGGAGAAGAAUUGACAAGUGAAAUAUCCAACCUUCUGGGGAAGUUGACAUCCGGAGAACUUGUUCCCACCACGUUGACCAGACCUACACCGCCCCCACCAGCUGCCAUGGAUGAGGGACAGUUGCUGAAAAUCCAGAAAAUGCUAGAGGAGAAAGGCGAAUCUACUCGAGGCAUUAAGAGACAACUUCUCCUCUUAUACUGUCGCAACAGGGAUCUUGAAAAAGCUGAGCAGAUAAUGAAGGAAUUGGAAGCAGAUAAUUUUGUUUUUACUGGUGGAAUAUAUGCUCAUAUGUUGGAACUAUAUGCCCAUCACGAUAAACUGGAGGAAGUGCAGAGCAUUUUAAAGAAAUUACAAGAGAAAGAACCUGACUUUGCAAUGGACAGUUCAAAGAUCAUAAAAAUUGUUACUCUGUUAAUAAAGUGUGACAAAGUACCAGAGGCAAUUAAUUUUCUGAAUGAGCACUCGGGGGAACGUAAAUUGGAGGACCGAACAUUUCAGUACAGUGCGGCUUGCUGGCGACUCCUUAACUCACUGGCGGAGCAGGGCAAAUGUGAUGAUCUGAAACAGGUGUUUGAUACACUCGUCAAAUGCGAAUACAUUGAGGUGAACAACGUGUUACUUGGUCCGAUGAUUAAAGUUCACGUGGUGAGAAAUGAUUUAGCUAAGGCGCUGGAAGAGUUUGAGUUGUUUUGCCAGAAAUAUCGUGCCACACCCUGGAAGAAUGAAUUGGCAUGCAAAAUCAUACAGGCAGAAGAUGCUGAGGCCCUCCAGAAGCUUACAGAUCUCAGCACGCAAGUCCAUGGAGAAGUGAACAGCUUGUAUGACUUGGUGUUUGCUUUCGUGGAGUGCGGUAGGAUUCGUCAGGCACGCAAGAUAUUGGAGACUCCCGGAUUACGUAGCCGACCUCAGCGACUUAACUCAAUAUGUGAGCGUUACCAGCAGGAAGGAAUGGUGGCAUCGCUCGAGGGCUUAGUUGAAGUCACGCGUGAUAUUUCUCACAUAGAUCGCUCGGAUAUUUACUACCAUCUUCUGCGUUCCUACUGCAAAUCAAAGGAUGCUGACAAAGCUCUUGGACUCUGGACGAGGAUGCAAGAAGAGGAUGUGCAAGCAUCUGACGAGUUUCUGUCAACUCUUGGAAAUUUCUUGAAGAAGGAAGGGAGGGAGGUACCAUUUGUAAUUCCAGAAAUAGUGGAAGCCCCGCCCAUUGCAGAUGUUCACAGAGGGGACAGGAAUAGCCAUGGAGCUCAGGAAACUGGAACAGGGUUAACAGCAGCACAGAAAUUCAAACAAGCCCUGCGCAAAAAUAAUCUUGAUGAUGCACUUCUCCACAAGCAGUUCAUCGAAAGUACAGCUGACCAGAGCUUGUCAGUGAGUGAUUUGUCAACCCUGAUCGAGGGUUUGGUAAGAGCCGAUCGGUGCGGAGAAGCAUCAAAGGUAGCACUAGGAAUGCUGGAAAGGGGCCUGUUUCCUGUAUCCCACGUUUUGCGCUUCCUGCUAAGUCGUCUUGCAAUUGCUGGAGACAUCGAUACAGUGACAGCCAUCGGAAGUCUACUCACGCCAGAAAAUAAGAAACGGGCUUCAUUUGAUAACCGUUUAUGCCAUGCCAACAUCGUUGCUGGAAAAGCUACAGAAUAUUUGAGGAUGUUAACGGCAGAAAUCGAGAACGCUGAAGAAAGUGACCUUGAACAACUAGCUCAGAAAUUUCCAAGAGGUGGAGCCAUUGGAAUCUUAACAAACCAUCCAGAACUUCAUUUGGACUACGAACAGAUGGCUCUCAAAUAUGUUGAAAAAGGCAUCACGGCCCCUAUCAACGUACUAUGGACGCACUUGUUUGCAAAGGGACAAGAUGCUGCAGCCAAGAAGAUAUGGGAUGAAUAUCUAGUUGGGUCUCCUCGUAUCAUGUUCCAACAUAUUCUUCAGGAGGCACGUGAGGCGCGUGAUGAAAACAUUCCUCGCAAGCUUAUUGCCGUACUGGGGUGUGCUGCCGUUUCAGAAGGGUCUCGUGGCAGUGCACAUAGCUGUCUCAUUGAUGUGCUUGUGAAUACUGAGAAGUAUGAAGAUGCGCUAGUGGCAUUGGAGGAAGCUGUGAAAGAUGUUUGUUUGGAAAAUAUAAACAGAAUAACACUACUGAAGUUACAAAAUGGACUGCUGAAACAAGGGAAAACAUUCCCGUACGAAGUACCAGUUAAGAAUACAAAAAGCAGUAGUUCCAGUUCUAGUGACGAUGAACCAUCAUCCGAUGAAAAGAAACAGUAAAAAUAGUGAAUAUUUCUAAAGUUUUUUUUUUAUUUAAGAAUUAUUGGUUGCUUUAUUCUAUGUCCCUUGCUAGUCACGGCUGAUUUCCGUAGUAAUUCACGUUGAAAAUAUUCAUAUCAGAUCUUCUCAUUUAAUAAUAGAAUAAAAUAACCAUUUAAUGUAUGAUUUGAGGUUUUCACAGCGGUGAGUCUGAAGAUUUCUGUCUUGUGGGUUGCUGCGCCGUGUAGUAUGAUAUGUGCACAUUCAUCGCCCUGAUGACGGAGGCAGUAUGACCUCUGAAGCGUUGCUAAUCGUCUACCAUACUACAUGGCGCAACAACCCAGAAGACAGAAAUCUUUUAACCAUUUAAUGUUUCUUUGGGGAGCAAUGGAUUUUCAACGGUAAAAUGAGGGAAAAUGUAAUUCUGAGACUCAUUUUGAAUUUUUAGUGAGGAAAGUCCAUGAAUCAAGGAACACUUAAAUGGGUUUCCAUUUUGCCACAUUCUGUUAAUAAAAAUUUGAUAGGUUCUGA